UCAAACCUUAUUUCUCGUGCUUUCCUCACUUUAUAACUCACAUGAUCAUCACUUGUUCUUGCAUGUGAAUUCUUAGCCCUCUCCUCCUCCAACUCUUCAGCUCUGUCCAUCCAGGCCCCAGCUUGAUCUCGCCAUUACUCUGCUUCCUCUAAUUCACCUUUCCGCCCUACUUUUCUAACUAGUUUAAUUAAAAUGAUGCCCCCUGAGCAAGAUACUAGCAAUAUCACCACCCAUAAUAGUCCGGCCAGCAUCAUGCUCACAAGCAGGACUGAGAAUGUUUCGGUUCAUGCUGAACCAUCCAACGUUGUCCCAUUUUCUCAAUAUCCAAUCCCAUCCCAACAACACCAAGGGCAACAAACUCGACUUCGGUUUUCAGUUCUCUGCCAGCCUUUACGUCCUGUAACUCUUAAGUUUGAAGAAGUAGCCUACAGCAUCUAUUCCAGUACUACCACAACGACAAGUUGUCUAUCUUUAUCCUCGCAUAAACCCAAACCAAGAAGAAGUGUGCUCAAUGGUGUUAGCGGUGUUGUUCGACCUGGUGAGCUACUGGCAAUGCUUGGCCCCUCUGGUAGUGGUAAAACCACCCUCCUGACUGCCCUAGGAGGUCGUUUAACUGGAAAGCUGUCCGGUACCAUAACAUACAAUGGUCGGCCAUUUUCUUGCUCCAUGAAGCGCAAAACAGGCUUUGUCGCUCAAGAUGAUGUGCUGUAUCCCCACCUCACAGUGGUAGAAACGCUGACUUAUGCUGCUUUGUUGAAAUUGCCAAAAGAGCUGACUAGAGAAGAGAAAAUUGAGCAAGCUGAGUUGAUUAUAGUGGAACUUGGCCUAGCAAGAUGUAGGAAUACUAUAGUGGGUGGGCCUCUUCUUCGGGGCGUGUCAGGUGGGGAGCGUAAACGGGUCAGUAUUGGCCUGGAGAUGUUAGUGAACCCAAGUUUGUUGCUGCUGGACGAGCCCACUUCAGGACUCGACUCCACCACCGCGCAGCGAAUUAUGGUUACCUUACGCCGCUUAGCACGCGGUGGCCGGACUGUGAUAACCACCAUUCACCAGCCUUCAAGUGGGUUGUACAGAAUGUUUGAUAAGGUCCUGGUUCUAUCUGAGGGGUGUCCCAUCUAUUGCGGGCAAGCCGAACAGGCCAUGGAGUACUUCAGUUCCAUUGGUUUCACACCUGGUUUCAAUUUCCUGAACCCUGCCGAUUUUCUCCUUGAUCUGGCUAAUGGUAUAACCCCUGAUGAGCAACUAGAGUUCCAAGGCAGCGUAGACCACCAUGAUGAUCAAAAUUCGAGAAAACAAGACCUAACAUCGUCUUACAAGAAGAAUAUAUACCCUGUACUGAAGGCUGACAUUAACAAGAACUUGCAAGAUUCGUCUUUUUCAACAGUAAUAUCAUCAAAAUCAAGCUGCGGUGAGGUUCAAUGGAGCACCAGUUGGUGGGAGCAAUUCAAGGUCUUACUGAGAAGGGGUUUACAAGAGAGGAAGCAUGAAUCGUAUUCUGGCCUAAGAAUAUUUCAGGUCAUGUCUGUUUCCAUUCUUUCAGGCCUCCUCUGGUGGCAUUCUGAUAUUUCACACAUACAAGACCAGGUGGGACUGCUCUUUUUCUUUUCAAUAUUCUGGGGUUUUUUCCCACUGUUCAAUGCCAUAUUCGCAUUCCCUCAAGAGCGGCCAAUGCUUAUAAAGGAACGAUCAUCAGGGAUGUACCGUCUUUCCUCAUAUUACUUUGCCCGAACAACCGGUGACUUGCCAAUGGAACUAGUUCUUCCUACAAUAUUUGUUACUGUCACAUAUUGGAUGGGGGGCCUCAAGCCUUCACUAGUCACAUUUGUACUAACCCUCUUAAUCGUACUCUUCAACGUGCUGGUCUCUCAAGGACUAGGACUGGCACUCGGAGCCAUCCUAAUGGACGUAAAACAAGCUACAACCUUAGCUUCUGUGACAAUGCUUGUGUUUUUGUUAGUCGGUGGAUACUACAUUCAGCACAUUCCUCCUUUCAUAGCUUGGUUGAAAUACAUUUCUUUUAGUCACUACUGCUAUAAGCUUUUGAUGGGGGUGCAGUACUCAGUAAAUGAUGUCUAUGAAUGCGAGAUUGGGAUGCGUUGCAAUGUAACGGAUUUUCCAGCAAUUAAGUGUCUGGGUCUCGACAAUAAGUGGUGGGAUGUGGCUGCUUUGACAAUAAUGUUAGUUGGAUACAGGCUACUGGCUUAUGUGGCUCUAAGAAUUGGGCAACCUCACUGACCAUAUCCAUGGCUCCAGCAUUUUAGUUGUUGAAGGUAGAAAAAUUGGCGAGCAGAAUUGUCUCCAAUUUGAUAGCGUAAACAUGAAU